CCGUCGAGGCGACCAGACCGCGAAUCGCGCGAAUCGCGAGCAGAUCCGUGCCUCUUCGCGACGUGUGGCGACGUGUUUGACGAGUGUCGGGGGUUAGUUGGAUCGGUGAUGAACGGUGGUUCGAUCGGUGGCGUAUACGUUUUCUAACGAUUCAUCCGUCGAAUCGUGCCUUUCGCGACACAUUUUCCGCCAAAUUUUUCCACGAAAUUUCGUUUUAUUUUCCUAAUUCGAUUCGAGUCGGCUCUAAUAGAAUCCACUCGUUUUCCAACGCUCGGGAACAGUAUCGGUUAAUUUGUCAACUUGUGAAAGGUAAUAACGCGUGCUCUUGUAUUAUGCACCACAUUGCAUAUUCCGAAAUGGGAAUUGUUCGCGGAAAAACGGUCGCUGCGUCGAGUUUCGCAAAAUUUUCGCACCGCUUUCGAAAAUUCGAGCUUCUCGUCCGUUCGUUGAAACGUUGCACGCGAGUUCUACACUCUUGAAAGAUCGAGUGACUUGUUCGAAAGACACUCGGCCGUCAGAAAUUUCGCCACGACGAUCGAGUCGAGGGAUCCGCGAAGGCGCUUUCCGAGUGGCUUUUGUGCGAUUCGUGGGAAUAGUUGGCACGUGAACCCGCGGAUAGCGUGACACGGUUCACCGGGAUUCGUUUAACGCGAUUCAAACGCGAAAGUUGGUUAAAGUUGGUCCGGUUGGUGGGACAACGCGACAACGGCAGCGUCGGCGUUGCGAUCGUCAAGUCGGAAAUCGCCUUCAAUAAAGUGCAACUUUUACCUCUGUCUCUCGCCUCCUCCUCCUCCUCCUCCUCCUUCUCGUCGUCGACGUCGACGAGUUUCGCUUCGUUUCUAAACGAGAAACGAAAACAAGGAGGAAAGUUUCCCCUCUGGAGUUCCUUCGAGGAGAGAUUAGUUCGGGGUAGAAUCGGUCGUCGAAUCGAUCCGCGAUUCGAACGAGCGGAAAAGAAGAGCGAAAAGAGAGAAGAAUUUAAUAAUUUGGUAGAAAUUGGGAGAAUUUGUCGUGGGUGUGUUCCUCGUGACGCGUCACGAGCGAGCAAUCGCUUUUGUCGCGGCCGUUUAAACGCGACGGGGGCGAGGGAGGAGGAAAAAGAAAGUUGGCCGGCCUGCUAAAAAUUCAAAACGCGGGCGAAUUUUCCCCGGGAAUAAAUUUCCAAGUUUCUCGCGCCGAGAACAGCCGAGCAAAUACGGCGUCGCGAGCUUAUCCAGCAUCUGGAAGAAGCUGGAAAGUUUGACGCAUUGCCGGUGAAUAAACCGAAACGAUUGUUACGCAACGUUUGCGCAAAGGGAAAAGGGGGUGGAGAAGAAGUUUUUAACCCCGCUAGUGCUAUCCAUCGAUCCCGAGGACAACGACGAUAGACUAUGAAUAAUAGUCAAUCCAAUAUAACGACAACGACGUGAGUAACUGGUAACAAUGUAUAUCCCCGCGCGUUAUAUACAGCGCGUCGUGAUCGAAAGUAUAUUUUCAAAUAACGAUAUCUGGUGGGGAAAAAAGUUGCGAGUUGAAAAAUCGCGAUGCGCCGCCAUCGAUAACCCUAUCGUCAGAGGCUGAUGGGAAAGAGUGCCUGUUGUCGCCUCGAGGAAGGAUGUCGCAUUCACGGAGACAAAGCAUGUCCUUCACAGCCGUUAUGAACCAUCGAAGAGGUCUUCUCGGGUAUAGGCAGCAACAUGUCGCUACCCUCGUGCAUCCCUCAAGACCAAGAGUUUUUACCGGGUCAAACGGGAACGGGGUGCAAAACGCAAUUGUUGUUGAACAAUCGGAAUCAAUCGGGGGAGAAGAACGAGCACGAGGCGCAAAAGCAACGACCCAAUUUUCUCCCACUGGCACCUGUUGGCGCUGGUUGCGUGAGCGUCAACACUCUGGAUCCAAUGAAAGCGAAGCAACGGAUGAUGGAAGAGAAAUCAAAGUCAACGGAGAGGAGGAAUUGCCACGCGGAAAUGGUGUCCAUCACGAGCACCCUUUACGCGAAAUUGUUGAUCGUGAUAGGGUUAGCCGUGCCCAUAACGGCCAGCGUGACGGAGAGAGUUCCAGCUUCGUUGAAUCAGGGUUUCUAUUUGUAUCUGUACGUGGUCAGCGUGGCAUUCGUGAUCUCGAUGUACGUAAUCGUAUUAAGAGACAAAGCUGUUUGGAAUGUGAAGCGGAGGAGCGGAGGGGGGAAGGAGCAGGCGUUGAAAUACGACGAGAAGGGGGAUCGCGUAAAUCCUAGUCAGACGCAACAGUACGGGAGCUUUUGUCUGAGACUCGGCGCUGUGGGAUUUGGCGCUGGCUCGUUGGUAUUUACGGGAUUGCAAAUUGGGGCGGAAAUAGCUUCCGGCCCGUUCAGGGCGAUUACACCGGGUGCCAGGCUGCUGCUGGUCACGGCCCAGAUGCAUUUUAUAUUUCUCAACAGUAAAAGUCUCAGCUUGGCCAAGCACACCGCACUUGCCAAGUUAGGUCUGAUGCACAUGAUCGCGACGAAUCUCUGCGAGUGGUUACAGGCGUUGGUCGAGGAAACGCAGCACGAGAUCGAUCAGCUAGGCGACACGCACGACGACGAUGACGGGAUACUGAAAUCGCUUCUGAGGGACGCGAGCCCGUUCCUUUUCCCGUGCACAAUUGAAUUCAGUUUAAUUUGCGCGGUGAUACUGUUCGAGAUGUGGAAGAGGGCGGACGAGAGGAUCGAUGCAAAGAGCGAGACCCCGGCCAGAUCUUCGUAUCAUCUUAGCAUAGAUUGCAGCAGCUCUCACAGAGGUCUCUUCGGCGGGAUAUUGAUCGUUGCGGCGACUAUAUUGAGCUUGAUCAUGUUCUUCGUCCUGAAGGAGACGAAAAUGGAGAUUGCGAUCGUUCAGGUCACCGCGCUCGACGCCACUAUACUCACGUUAGGUAUGAUCGCUUCGAUCGCGGGCACGUUGAAGUUGCAAGCGUUGCAGCAGAAGAUUAUCAAACCAUCGGACUUGGACACCACGCUGUUGGCAGCGGCUCAAGCCGGGGUCUAUCUGCAUUGUCUGUUCGGGGUUGUUGGUGAUAUAUUGACAAUGGGACCGACCUGGGCGUUAUCGUUGAUCACAGAUUUGUUGGCCUUAAUGCAGAGCACCAGCCAGACGUUGCUCAUCAAAAUCGCAUGGGGAAGACGUUGUUCGAGAAACGACAAACCCGGCAAGGAAUUAAUCACAUUCCUAAUAGUCGUCAACAUCGCGUUGUGGACGGUGAACACUCUGGAGAAAUCUCGCGCGGGUGUCCGUCCGGAUCAUCUGCGAUUCUUCGGAGUAUGGGCAUGGACGAUUAUCACACACGUGUCUAUGCCAUUGGCUAUAUUCUAUCGGUUCCACUCGGCCAUAUGCCUGUUCGAGAUAUGGAAGACGUGCUACAAAUGCAGAUCGAACAGCGUCGUCCAUACACCCUACUGAAUCAUCGAUUAUUCGUUCGAAACGAAUGUUGAUCCCUUAAUAGUUCGUUGAAUUAUUUAACGAAAUUGUUACUUUUAAUAAAAAGCGAAACUACGAGGAGAAAACGAAAAACGCGUUCGAUCUCGUUUCUCUUUAAUUAACCAUUUAACCGAGAGGAGGAGGGAGGGAAGAAAAGGAGCGAUUCUCCUUGGAGAAUAACAACAUUACGAGACUCGCAAAAGGUAGACUUGUCCGCAACGUUUACGUAGUACGUUGCACGGUAACUUCUAAGCUGGCUCCAAAGACAAAGGGUAAAAGGGGCGCAGUUUCAAAGCUGGUGGUGCUCCGUGGUGGGCCGACGACGUGGACGAGGACGGGGACGAGGGCGCGACGUGGCAUGGCCGACGCGAAUCGAUAGAGAGGGGUGCGUACUACUUUUAUCGGUGUACCACACGGAAAAGAUAGACGGUAACGAUGAUGGUGGACGGUCGACGGUUUGAUACGGUUUACGGUAAACACAUUUCGGUAGCAAUCACAUCACGGGGAAAGCAAGCCUCGGCCGCCGGCUGCAGCGAGAAGUAGGUGAUGCUUGGGUGGUUGGAGAAAGCGAGCGAGUGGUCGGUGAAGAGCUCUUAGCCAACCCUUUGUUGCUCCUGCCACCGCUGUUGCGUCCCUCUUCCUUCCUUCGUCGCUCCUCCAACCCCUCCCGCUCCCCUCCCUUCCAACUCCUAAACGGAGCGCACUCUUGACCAAAGGCCUCUGAUUUACUUAGCCUAUCGAGUGCUCUCGGACUCGUCUCGACCAAGAAUACCACGUACGCGUGUUCGCCGUGUACACCGUGUUCCGAAAUUUCCAACUUAAUGCUCCACUUACUGUCCGUCCAUCUUCCGCGCCGAGAUUUCCUCAUUGCCCGCCCGCCCUUGUGUAAAUAACUUUCAGUUGGAGGAGGAAAUUGGAACGUCCCAACAUCUCCUCCACGAUUUCGUUCCCUCGCGUUUUUCUCGAACGAACGUGUGUAAAGUGUCGCGAAUCGAUAAUCGUUCCGAGGAAUUUUGCCGAAAAAGAAAGAAAAAAAAAAAAAAAAAAAAAAGAAAGAAAGAAAAACGCGCAUGAAUCUUCUUUCGCGAAAGGAGAAAGAACGGAGGGUGUUUGGUUGGCAAUCCUCUAACGUAGGUUUUGUUUUUUUUCCGGAUUUAAACCGGGGAUUUACCUACGUGUCUACGCCGACCGGCCUGCCUACCACCACCGGCAUCGAAUGCAAUCUGCAACGCGCAACUGCAAUGGCGAGAAAGAGAAAUCUUAGAUUCGCCCUCCUACGGGGCCGGAUAUCGAUGACCGUGUACAACGUGCUCCAACAAAAUCGCCAGGAACUGGAAUUUAUUCGAAACGAAUGGCGCGUGCGACUAUGAAUGAAAUUCGUAUGUCAAUCUAGCGCCAUCAGUCGCAAUCCAUUUACCUAAUUUAAUUUACCGUGGAAUUUAAAGUCGCCCCAUAAGCGGGGAUCGUAAUUGUCGUAUAACGAGUCAUCUAUUAACGAUAAUAGUUAUUAUCGGGUUGAAUCGGCCACGCAACGAGAAUAUCGAUUAUUAUUAACGACGAGAUUAUUUAUAGCGGGUACGCCUUGAAAGCGAAAUAAUCAAGGACCGUGCGCGAAUUUGCAUUUAACAUUCCGCAACGUAUGCGAAAACAACAUUUCGCGCGAAUUCAACCAUUUUCGCGAUAAUUCGGAGAACGGUGGAACGCCCCUUCGAUCGGUCAUGGAAAAAUCUCGCAAUUUAUCGGGUUUACCUAUCCUGUCGAUUCCACGUUGGCAGGAAGGAAACGGGGAGAACGGAAAAAGAGGAAAAGGCGAUGCGACAGCGACAGGACGAGGAAACCUUGAUAUAUCCGCCAAACACAAGGAGAGAGAGAACGCCUUGGCGGAUUUAUCGGAGCCGCAGAUAAUGGAUGGUCUUCGCAGCAGGGAAACUUUUUUAAAUAAUACAACGUGCAACUCUUGCGGAAACGCUUCGAUCCUACGGCGAUUCGAAAUACCGCUUAUAUAUAUAUAUAUAUAUAUAGAGGAAACUGCAUCCCCCCUUCCUCUUCUUCCUCGCAAAUACCGCGGGGAAAAUAAUGGUUCGCCAAAAAGUGCAAUAGCCAAUUUCUUGUCGUGAUGUCGGGCAUGGUCAUCAUCGCUGCGAGGGUGAAAACGUAUCGAUACGUGAAAUCAUCGAGCGUUCGAAAUAAAAUUAUCUCCGGUGAGCGCGGAGCGUAAAGGAGCCCGUGCGAAGGGUCAGCGGCGGUUCUCUUUCUCGACCCAAUUACACGGGGCUUUAAUGAAUUUUCGAUAUACUCCGCCGCUACGUAAAGCGCGGUGAUAAAAAGAACCGGUAAAAACAAGUAAAUUAUUCGGUGGCUGUCGAUGCGGCCGAAAUAAGAGUUGGAAGGACGAGACUUUGGCGAAAGAAAUGACAGUGGUAUUAGCGGAACAACUACCACCAUCGGCAAAUACCAUCGGCGGUGGUAGUCGAUUGGACGAUCCUCGGGAAUGUAUUUAAUUCGAUUGGACUCUGCCGCCAUCUGGACGAGACAAGAGAGAAGAAGGGAGGGUGACUCGAAGCUGGGGUGAGGGAACCUCUGUUUCCGCCGGAAAUGAGACCUUCGCGACUCGUACUCCCAUCCUCCGCUACCCCUUUUGCCUCCUCCUCAACGCCCUCUCGAGCCUCCUCAACCCGGCUGUGGUCGUUCCCCUAACCGAAACAUCUAUCGCCCUCUAUCUCGAGGGCGAGAAUGCAAAUUGUAUUUAUAUUCCAUCUCUCGUGGCCAGAUAAAUAUUUCAACCAACCAUGCUUACCUGUGUUUCCCGCGAAACUUGUUUUCUGGGGAUCAGAAUUCUGGGGAAAUCAUUGAAAUCCACUUCCCGAGUUAUUCGCGUUUCCCACUUUUUACAAUCUUCACCGGUUUUCCUUCUUCUUCGUUUCUUCGCUUCUCUUCUUCUCUCUUUCGAAUAUUUAAAUUAUAAAUAUUUAUCAAUAUGUGUGUGUAUGUGUGUGUGUAUAUUGCAAAAUUCUAAUUCCUCUGGUCGAAUGUGCGAUUGAAAAUAACCAUAAUGAUUUGACAGAUAAUAUCGUCGAUCGCUCGAUCGUUUAUUGCGAUUUGAUUCGAUUUGCGAUUGAAAUGCGUACUCGUGUUUCGAGGAAUUAAAAUAUAAACGAAUCCUAUCAUUUCUAUGAUAUCGUGUUUCCUGCUAUGACAAAAACUGCACAAUGGACGAAAGUGAACAUCUUAAUAAAAAAAAAAAAAAAUAAAAAAAAUAGUAAAAAAGUAGACGAAACGAGGAAAAAUUAGAGUCGAAAAGGCUUACUAAUGCUCUCUCGCAGCUCCCAUGAAUGUCGCUUGGUCUCCGAGGAUGUAAUUUUCGCUGUAUGCCCGGAUUAGAAGCCAGCUCGUCGGGGGUUCCACGUUAUGCCGCUUGAUAAGUAUUGCCCAUACCUCUUGAAUACACUAGAACUGGAAAAGGGAUUCGAGAUGAUCUCAAAGCGAUCGAUUGGCCUCGACAUGACGUCACGGGUCACGGCGAUAGGCUGCUGUUAUGUCUCGUUAAGAAUCCAGGUACUAUAAUAGCACGGAUUAAUGAUAAGAACAUAAGGGCGAAGCAACCAUGCAGAGUGUUGAAACGUAAAAGCUAUUAUUACGAUACCUGUCGUUGCUACUUCAGCGAGAUUGAUUUUACUUAAUGUCUCGAGAGAAAAAACUUCGUCGACCUUCUCGGAUACCUAAAUCUUAAGAAACCAAUAAGUUUAUAGUAUAUAAAUAUGCAAUAUAUAUAAUUUUAUAUAUAAAUUUUUUUAUAUUACA